AUGGCUUCAUUAUCUGUGCAGUGUAAGGCGCCCAACGGCCGCACUUGGGCUCAGCCUACUGGUCUGUUCAUCAACAAUCAAUGGGUGAAGUCGUCGACUGGCGACAAGAUUGCCAGUAUCAACCCUGCAACCGCGCAAGAGAUCACAUCUGUCUACGCUGCGUCGGAGCAGGAUGUCGACAAGGCUGUCAAGGCCGCGCGCGCCGCGCUGAAUGACCCUAGCUGGAGAGAUCUUCCCGGUGUUGAGCGUGGCAAGAUGAUGAACCGUCUGGCGCAGCUGAUCGAGGAUAAUCGCGAGACCCUUGCGACCAUCGAGACCUGCGACAACGGAAAGCCCUACACUGUUUCGCGUGACGACGAUCUGACCGAGACCGCUGAGACUAUCCGCUACUACAGCGGAUAUGCCGACAAGAUCUUCGGACAGGUUAUUGGCACCACCCCGGACAAGUUCGCCUACACUGUUCGUGAGCCCGUUGGGGUUUGCGGCCAGAUCAUUCCAUGGAACUUCCCCCUCUCCAUGGCUGCUUGGAAGCUCGGUCCCGCGCUUGCCUGCGGCAAUGCAAUCGUCCUGAAGCCCGCCGAGCAGACCCCUCUGUCGAUCCUGUUCAUGGCGAACCUCAUCGUGGAAGCUGGCUUCCCUCCUGGCGUGGUGAACAUCGUCAACGGCCACGGCUCUGUCACCGGUGCCGCUCUUGCUUCCCACAUGGACGUGGACAAGAUUGCGUUCACCGGUAGCACCGCGACAGCCAAGCACAUUAUGAAGAUGGCCAGCGUGAAUCUGAAGAACAUCACUUUGGAAACCGGUGGCAAGAGUCCUCUGGUCGUCUUCAACGACGCCGAUCUCGAACAGGCCGUCGAGUGGGCGCAUAUCGGUAUCAUGUACAACCAGGGUCAAAUCUGCACUGCUACAUCCAGGAUUUUGGUACAGGAUAAGAUUUACGAUAAGUUCUUGGAGGCAUUCAAGGCGCAGAUCAAGAAUGUUUCAAAGGUCGGCGAUCCUUUCGAUGAGUCUACGUUCCAGGGUCCCCAGGUGACACAGGCCCAGUAUGACCGUAUCAUGUCGUACGUUGACAUCGGUAAGAACGAGAAGGCUACUCUUGCUGUUGGUGGCAAGCCGUUCAAGGGCGUUGGUAAUGGCAAAGGAUUCUUCUUCGAGCCCACUGUCUUCACGGACGUCUCUCCCAAAAUGCGCAUUUACCAGGAGGAGGUCUUCGGUCCCUUCUGCGUUAUUGCCAAGUUCAGCACCGAGGAGGAGGCUGUUCAGAUGGCCAACGAUACCGAGUACGGUCUCGGUAGCGCUGUGUUUACUACGAACCUGACCCGCGCUCACCGUGUCGCCAAGCAGAUCCAGUCCGGUAUGGUCUGGAUCAACUCCAGCAACGAUAGCGACUGGCGCAUUCCGUUCGGUGGUGUGAAGCAGAGUGGUAUUGGUCGGGAACUGGGCGAGGCCGGUCUGGAGGCUUAUUCGAGCGUGAAGGCUGUGCAUGUUAAUAUGAAGUCGAAGCUUUGA